AUGAAAAGACAAAAGCAUCCCUCGGACAUUUACUAUAAAAUGCUUUCGUUUAUACGUUUCUGCUCACGUCAGAUCGGUGUGGAUAUUAUCGCUGAGGAUUAUAAAAUCAAUUUGAAUACAUAUUGCUGCAAUUUGCUUUUCUUUUGGACCAUCUCCGCACACAUUGUAUGCACCACGAUGGGUAUCUUGAGUACACUGCUCAUCAUCAUGCUGAAGGAUUGGCCGGGUGCUUAUUCCUAUCUUUUGGUGUGCUUUCUCUGGCUAUAUAUGUACUGCAUACUUGGCACACGUAUUGAAAUAUGUAACGAUCAAUUUUGUACUGGGAUUUACGACAUUAACUGGUAUGCUUUAGAUGUGAAUAAUCAAAAUACGAUUCUCUUAAUGCUAACGAAGUCACAGGCACCACGAAAUAUAACCAUCGCGGGAGUUGAACCUUUGUCGGUUAACACAGCACUCAAAAUAACACGCACAAUUUACAGUUUGGCCAUGAUGGUGCUACGUUUCCAAACUACUAACUACUAACUAAAUAGAAGAUAUUAUGAAAAGUAGAAAUGGGAGUGAUGUAUAAGAUCUUCGGUUUUAUUCACGUAAUGAUAAUCUUUAAGUGCCAAUCAUAACAUUUCAAGGAAUCAGGAUUAAUUUCAAG